AUGGUCGCGACGUCGGAAUACCUUAUCCAGUCCUUCAUCUUAAGCGAGCGGAAGGUGAAAUUGAGCCGCACACCGCGAGAACACUUCGUUAUGGAGCAAACAUGUAGGACCGCCUAUGAGUUGUAUUGCCGGAUGAUCCGGAAUCGAUUGGGUUGCGACGAUGUUCGAGAAGACCUGGAGAAUUUGACAUACCUCUUCGAAUACCUGUUCAGAGACUCACCGAAAGCCGCCGCGUACCUCGCGAACCUGCUUCGCAGCUUGAUCUUGAUUUUGGAAGAUUUGACCACGAGACUCGAGGAAGCAUCCUGGCUGAAACCGACGAUGUGGAACGAGGUCCGAACCUAUUUCGACUAUCACGAAUCUCAUUUAGAGAAGCAGAGCAGCGAGACGACAAUUCCCUUGAUGUGUAUGAUACAAGGCGACGUUCUCCUGGGGGCGGGAGGAUUCGGGGCAGUGUACAAAGCACGCUUUGGUUCCACGAUUCCUUGCACGUUGAAACUUGUGAGAGAUAACAUGUUUGAUAUGGACAAGUACGCCUGCGUCGAUAAAAUUGUAGCCUCAAUGAUCAAUCAUCCGCUAUUGGUCCGAUAUCACGCUUGCUUCGCAAUACACCAAGCGUUCGUGACCAUAAUGGAAUAUAUUCGAGGCGUUGACCUCGAGAAAGUAGUCCACGCUGAAAAAGGCCUCGCCAUGAGACUGUUGCGGCCUUUGUGCGCGCAACUGGGCAUGGCAACUCAAUACCUUCACUUCAAAGGCUUCAUACAUCGCGACAUCAAGCCUUCGAAUCUCAUGAUAACGCAUAACUGUUCGCUGAAAAUGAUCGACUUCGACACGGUGAAGAUCUGUAUCGGAAUGUUUUCGAGAAAACGCCUAAGGAGCUUCUUUCGACGGACGUUCACCGAGUUCAACGAUCGGGAAAGCGCGGGAACUUUGAACUAUUUCCCCCCGGAAUUCUUCAAGGUGCUGGCAUACGGACGCGCCGUCGACUGGUGGGCAGUUGGAGCGACAAUUUACGAAAUGUGUUUUGGGAAAACUCCUUUUCGAGGCGCCGAUGACGCGGAGCUGGAAGCGAAUAUCAGGGCCGUAAAUUACAAGUUCCCCAGGAAGGGACCUUGUGAAAAUAAUUUGAUCGAGCUGAAGGAUCUCAUAGCUCGGUUGCUGAAAAAGAGAGCUGCGGCUAGACUCUGUUCGCGAGGCUAUAGCGAGUUUCUAGCCCACCCCUUCUUCCGAGGCUUGGAUCUGCACAGUUUAGAGAGAGGCGACGUCAGGAUGGAAUACGAGGGCGUUUCCAAACUCAUGCAACAGAACGCAGACGGUCUAUUUUCACCGAAAGUGUCUCAGACCUUACAGGCGAAACGGAGCGAGUACCUGGAGCCGGAAAAACAGUUUGACGCGAGAACGCACUGUCCACUGUUCACGUAUGUAUCGGCCCCGUUCCAGGCCGCCUGCGUGAAACUUCUGCGGGACGAAGCGGUGUACCCAAACGACACAGAAGCGCCCCCAGAACUGGGCUUGGCUGAUUAUACGAACAAUCCAAAAAAGUGGACUCGGUACAAAUUCGAGAGAUUUGUCAGAAAGUAG